AUGGGUUCCACACUCGUGGAGAAAAGAAAGAGAAAACCGAAUAAAGAUGAAAAAUGGGUUGUUGCUGUUGUGAGACAAAAGGACCUUCUUCAAGCAGAUAUACUUGCAGAGCCAGCGUCGCAAGAAACUAUUGCCCCAGCAACUUCUGACUACCCAGCAGGCUCGCCAUCCCGUGCUCGCCCCUCCCCCUGGGACCAAAAUGCCUUCUUCCAUCGGUGUCACCGACCAGGAUGCUCGGCCGUCUACAAUCGCGACUGCUUCGCGGAGAUGAUGGAUAUUUCGGAGGUCGAGGGUAAUUGCACCGGUCCGUUUGUCUGUUUUGCCUGCGGCGGCUCGUGGGAUGUAGGCGACCCGGAGCAGAAUUUCGACGAGUACUUCUCAGACGAGCAGCAGGAGCAGCUUCUUGAUCUGUCCUCCGACAAGGUGACGCAGAACGAGCAGGAGCAGCAUCUCAAUGACCGAUCCCUCUACGAGGCGACAUAUAAGGAGGAGCAGCAGCAGCGUCUUUAUGACUUUUCCCUCUACCAGGCAACAUAUAAAAAGCAGGAACAGCUUCUCAAUCUAUUCCACGACGAUCGGGCCCCGACCGAGCAGGAACAGGAGGAACGAUCACCAACACCCCCCACAAGCCCCCCAAGUUCCAUCACCCCCAGUUUCGUACAAAUCGACAAGGACACCUACAGAUGUACCUUGAUCGUUGAUGGGCGUCCUUGCGGGAACUUAUGCCGUAGCAAGGCGGCUGCGACUCGUCAUCACCGCGGUGAUCAUGAAGGUCGAUACAAGAACCGGCGCAGGAAGAAUCAGACUCGACGUCGCCGCUAG